CAGCUCGCUGGCUCGCUCUCACGCACACACUGCAGGUCAGUUUGAGUUCAGCACAGACUCCGAGAGGUUAACGUGUCGAGGCAGACGCUCAGAGAGGGCAUCAUGGGCAACAGAGCGUCCGGCAGAAGCUCUUCGGGGGCUGGGGCGUAUUACUCCACCCAGCCCCAAUUCACACCCCCUGUUGCCCCGCCGACUGUCAUCAUGAACCCCGCCCCUCAGCAGCAACAGGCCCCGCCCCCUCAACAACAGCAGCAAGCUCCGCCCAAACGGGAACGCAAGCAGAUCAGGAUCAGAGACCCUAAUCAGGGAGGUCGUGACAUCACAGAAGAGAUCAUGUUUGGAGGGUGCAGCGGCUCCACACAUCCACAGCCCAACGGUGACAAUGCCACACCUGCAGUUGCCAUGACAACAAGAGCAGAGUUUCCCAUCCCUCCGGGCGAAAGCCCGAUACCCGACGCUCCUCCGACUCCACCCCCUACCAGUCUGAUAUAUGAUAUGGUAGAUGCUCCACCCCCAGCACCUGCAGAUGACUCCCACAGCCUGCCCACUGUGUUCGAACCACCCGCCUCUAACGGUGCUGGAGCCACACCCACUAAUGUAACACUGCUUUCCCCACCCUGGAUCACCUAUAGUGCAGCCCGAAGAGCUUCAGCUGUUCAACGGAGUCCCGGUUAGCUCCGCCCACAGAGACAUCAGUCCUAUCGCCGAGCCAGACGUCACAAAAGAAGCACCGCUGGUUACCACCGAUAUCCCUGAUAGGACUGUCAAAGAAAUCCAUCCCCAGGUUGUCACGGAGUCUCCCGUUUCAGUCGUUAAGGAAAGUGCCAGCUCCUGUUGUCAAGGAACCUAUUCCUCCCGUUGUCAUGGUGACGCCUGCUGUUGUCGUCAAGGACACAGUCGCUCCUUUUGUAAUGGAAACCCCUGCUCUGUCGUCACAGCGACUGUGCCUGUUGUUGCCAAGAAAACGCUUCUGCAGGUUACCCAGGAGACUGUUGUCAAGGAAACGCCUGUUGUCACCGUGAUCCCUGUCGAAACAACGCCUGUCGUCAAGGAAACACCCUCACUCGCUGCCAAGGAAAUCCCUGAACCACUUUUAAAGGAAUCCACUGCCUCUUCAAAGGCAGUUUCUGAAGCCACACCCCCACCGACAGAAGAACGAGAGGACACGCCCACUGCACAGACCACUCCCUCUGAGAGUACUA